CGACGUUUGGCGGUAUAAUAUGAAAACCCUCCUUCCCCAAUUUUGAAAGAAGUGGCUAGUUUUGAGCCCUAGCUACUCAAACAAUGGAUGAAUCGCAGGAUUCCGAAUCAGGCAGCCUCGAUCGACUGAGCGACUUACCCGAUGCCUUAAUUCUUGAGAUUCUCUCGUUGUUGUGGUCGAGAGAGGUUGUUAGGACUACUAUUCUCUCGAAACGUUGGAAAGAUCUGUGGACCACCGUCCCCCGCUUUGAUUUUGAUUUUUGUGAUGAAGAUCCAAACUUUAUCCGUGGGGCUCUUGUACAAUGGAAAGGUGCCAAGAUUCUCAGUUUUAGCAUAGGUCUCAUUAAUAAUGAUCCUCCUAGUAGUGAUAUUAUCGAUUCGUUGCUUCUCUUAGCGAUGGAAAAACAAGUGGAAGAGCUAGCUGUAUAUUUAAUGCCUCCUUUGUCGAUAGAAUACUACGCACCUCGGCGUCUGUGUUCAUGCUCGUCGAUUACAAGACUAUGCCUUUCUUAUUGUUCGAUGCAAAUCGAGGAGAAUGUGCAGUGGAAUCAACUCAUUAGCUUAACAUUGGAACAUAAUGAUCCCGUGAAGGUUAGUGCAGUCACCAUGAACCGAAUCCUUUCAGGUGCUCCUCGCUUGGAACGAUUGAUUUUGCAGCCUUUAGAAGUUAAUGAAAAUUUUUAUAUCCGAUCUACUAGUCUGAAGAUGCUCGGAAUCCUACGUGGUGAUUUUGAAGAUUCUGUAGUUGAUGCAGUUCUGGGAAUUUGGGCUCCUAAUCUCUUGAAUUUUAUUCUUGAGGCUCAUUUGUAUGGUACUUGUUUGUUGGAUGUCCCGUCUUUGAGAAAAGCGACUCUUGCUAUUGAUGAUCCGCCGCCUCUUGAAACGUUUGAGCAACUUCUUCGUAGCAUCCGCCAUGUUAAGAAGCUCACGUUAUCAGAUGAGUGCAUUCAGUUACUUCACGAGAUGAAGGAGAAAGAUAUGGUUGUGCAGUUUUCGAAUGCUAAGUUUCUAAAAGUCACAACUUGUGAAAUCGAUAAAAUGCUUCAUGUUCUUGACAUGUUUCCUCAGCUGGUGACUUUAUAUGCUUCAUUCGAUAAGGAGAGCUAUAAUGAUUUCAUAGAUCCAGAGUUUCAUGAAGCAAAUGCGACCUUGUUUACUCCUUCUCUGCUCCAUCUAAAGACUGUACAUAUUACUUGGCAUCUAUGCGACGCCUUAAUACUUCGAGCCUUAAAAAUAAUUUUGGAAAAUGCUCAAGUGCUCGGCAAGCUUGUGUUUCGAUGGAGAGGAGAUCCAGAGAUGUUGCCUCGGUUGCGAUGCAUGGAUUCCUGGGCAUACUCCGGAACAAUAGAGCUCAUCCAUAUGAAAUACUAGUAUUCAUCAAUUGGCACUCGCUUUGGUUUUAUGCAGUUGGUUUAUUAAUUUGAUGUCUUGCUAGUUUACUUCUUCGCUUUAAUUCGACAAUCUAUCUAUUCUUGUUUCGGUUCUUCUCUUUUGUGGCUUGUAGCAAUAUAGACUAUUAUAGCAAACUUGACUUGUUAUGUUGCUAUGAAAUAGUUU